AUGGUUUCUUUGGUUGCUGCUUCCCGCCUCCCCCUUCCUUUCGCUGCCUCUUCUGGCAUGAAGAGGAUUGCCAUGCGCGCCCUUGUGGCCCAUGGCAAGCUUCCCCGCUUGGGCGGGGAAACUUGCGUUAGGUCGGCCUCUUCCCCCCUUUUGCUUUGCGCCUCCUCUCUCCCCCUUCCCCUCAUCGCCUCCGCCGGCAUAAGGCGGAUUGCGAUGCGCGCCCAUGUGGCGCGCGGAAAGCUUCCCCGCAUCCGCGGGGAAACUUGCGUUGAAAAGUCUCUGGCUUCCCGCACUUCCGUCCGCCCCUUCCCUGCCUCCUCUCUCCCCCUGCCUCUCAUCGCCUCCGCCGGUAUAAGGCGGAUUGCGAUGCGCGCCCAUGUGGCGCACGGAAAGCUUCCCCGCAUCCGCGGGGAAACUUGCGUUGGAAAGUCUCCGGCUUCCCGCACUUCCGUCCGCCCCUUCCCUGCCUCCUCUCUCCCCCUGCCUCUCAUCGCCUCCACUGGUAUAAGGCGGAUUGCGAUGCGCGCCCUUGUGGCGCACGCAAAGCUUCCCCGCGGGAGCGGGGAAAUUUGCGUUAGAACGCCUUCGGCUUCCCCCUUUUCCCCCUCUUUCACCUUCAACCGCGAGUCGCUGGUUUUCCCUAGUGGCUCGGUUUCUACGUCUGGCUUCACGGAGCCCGCCCCUGUCUCUUCCUUUGUUGCCUUCUGUCCGGCAGACUACGGUCUGUCUGAUUUCUCGGACUCGGGCUCCGAGGCUUCUGUCUCUUCCUCCGCCCCCCACCCCACUGCAGGCUCCGAUUUCCUGCACUGCUACACGUUGGCAGAGCUUGGUCUGUCGGAUUGUGCUGCUUCGGUUGCCGGCUCGGAUGACACUUGCGUUGUCGACGAGUCGGCCGAACCUCGUUUGCUGGCUGGCCUGGCUCAAGCUCGCGGCGACCUCGCUACGGAGUACCAUGCUCUAAGCAAGAGCGCUACCGAGGCAGCCGGAGAGAACGACUCCCAGUUCUCUUUCGGCGAGUGGCAGACCGACGAGGUUGUGUUCAUCAACCUCGAGUCGGUCGUGACAGGGAGGGGGGAGGACGGUUCUGCUGACGAGGCAGAAUACGAGGAGCUCGACUGGGUAGCGAUCUGCCGGUGGAUCGAGGAUGUCAGCGUGGAGACGGAGCCGCCAGUCUCGAUCCAUCUCGAUGGACUGGACCUCGAGCUCGGAUCCGACGACGACGAUGCGGAGACCAACUGGAUGCUGGAGGCAAACCGCCUCUACAUGGAGCAACUGGACACCGAGGAGUCGGAGGAUCCGGAAGCGGCGGAACCCCACCGCCAGGAGGACUCGGCCGAGGAAGGCCAAGUUGAGGUAAGGAUUGAGAUCGGUGACGACGAGGUGGAGGUGGUGCCUCUCAGGAUGCUUCCGUCUGGUUGGGACGUGGACUUGUGGGAUGUCUUCCACGGAAUGGAAGGCCGGGCCCUGAUAGAGGAUGGUGAGUACCUCUGGAAGGUGAUCCCGCGCGCCUGGCUUCCGCUCUGGAACCUUCACAGCCAGCUUCUCAACAGCCGGCAGAUAUGCCGGCAAUGGGAGCCGACAAAGGAUGAUCCAUGGUACUGGACUCCUUUCGACCGGUCCUUGCCGGCCGAAUUCCAGUGAGUGGCAAUAUACCCCCUCGCCUCUCUUUGCCUUCUCUUUUGCUUUCUGUUUGCUUUCUGUUUUCC